CCAGCGCGCCUGCAGCCCAGCGGCCGAGCCGAGCCCAGCGCCGGGAGGACGCGAGUCCGCACGGAGGAGGAAGAGGAUGGCAGGGCCUCGUCCCAGCCCGUGGACCAGGCUGCUGCUGGCAGCCCUGCUGAGCGUCAGCUUCCCCGGGGACAUGGCGAACCGCUGUAAGAAAGCCCAGGUGAAGAGCUGCACCGAGUGCAUCCGCGUGGACAAGGACUGUGCCUACUGCACCGACAAGACAUUCAAGGAACGGCGUUGCAACACCCAGACGGAGCUGCUGGCCGCGGGCUGCCGGCCAGAGGGCGUGAUGGUCAUGGAGAGCAGCUUUGAGAUCACAGAGGAGACUCAGAUCGACACCACUCUGCGACGCAGCCAGGUGUCCCCACAGGCUCUGCGGGUCCGCCUGCGGCCGGGUGAGGAGCGGCACUUUGAGCUGGAGGUGUUCGAGCCGCUGGAGAGCCCCGUGGACCUCUAUAUCCUCAUGGACUUCUCCAACUCCAUGUCCGACGAUCUGGACAACCUGAAGCAGAUGGGGCAGCACCUGGCCCAGGUCCUGAGCCAGCUCACCAGUGACUAUACUAUUGGAUUUGGCAAGUUCGUGGACAAAGUCAGCGUCCCUCAGACGGACAUGAGGCCUGAGAAGCUGAAGGAGCCUUGGCCCCACAGUGAUGCCCCCUUCUCCUUCAAGAAUGUCAUCAGCCUGACGGACGACGUGGACGAGUUCCGGAGGAAACUACAGGGAGAGCGGAUCUCGGGUAACCUGGACGCCCCCGAGGGCGGUUUCGACGCCAUCCUGCAGACGGCCGUGUGCACGAGGGACAUCGGCUGGCGCCCUGACAGCACCCACCUGCUGGUGUUCUCCACCGAGUCCGCCUUCCACUACGAGGCCGACGGCGCCAACGUGCUGGCCGGCAUCAUGGGGCGCAACGACGAGAAGUGCCACCUGGACCCCACAGGCACCUACACCCAGUACAAGACUCAAGACUACCCCUCGGUGCCCACCCUGGUGCGCCUGCUUGGCAAACACAACAUCAUCCCCAUCUUCGCUGUCACCAACUACUCCUACAGCUACUACGAGAAGCUGCACACGUAUUUCCCCGUGUCCUCGCUGGGCGUGCUGCAGGAGGACUCGUCCAACAUCGUGGAGCUGCUGCAGGAGGCCUUCAACCGCAUUCGCUCCAACCUGGACAUCCGGGCCCUGGACAGCCCCCGUGGCCUGCGGACAGAGGUCACCUCCAAGAUGUUCCAGAAGACAAAGUCUGGGUCCUUUCAUAUUCGGAGGGGGGAAGUGGGCACUUACCAAGUUCAGCUGCGGGCCAUCGAGGACAUGGAUGGGAUGCACGUGUGUCAGCUGCCAAAGGACGACAAGCAAGGCAGCAUCCACCUGAAGCCUUCCUUCUCCGACGGCCUCAGGAUGGACGUAGGCAUCAUCUGUGACGUGUGCUCCUGUGAGCUGCAAAAAGAGGUGCUGUCCCCUCACUGCCACUUCCACGGAGACUUCAUGUGUGGACACUGUGUGUGCAACGAGGGCUGGAGUGGCGAGAGCUGCAACUGCUCCACGGGCUCGCUGAGUGACACGCAGCCGUGCCUGCGGGAGGGCACCGACAAGCCGUGCUCGGGGCAGGGCGAGUGCCAGUGUGGCCACUGCGUGUGCUACGGCGAAGGCCGCUACGAGGGGCGGUUCUGUGAACAUGACAACUUCCAGUGUCCCCGCACCUCCGGAUUCCUCUGCAACGACCGGGGACGCUGCUCCAUGGGCCAGUGUGUGUGUGAGCCUGGCUGGACAGGCCCGAGCUGUGACUGUCCCCUCAGCAAUGCCACCUGCAUCGACAGCAACGGGGGCAUCUGUAAUGGGCGUGGCCACUGCGAGUGUGGCCGCUGCCACUGCAACCAGCAGUCCCUCUACACAGACACCAUUUGCGAGAUCAACUACUCAGCGGUCCGUCUGGGCCUCUGUGAGGACCUGCGCUCCUGCGUGCAGUGCCAGGCCUGGGGCACGGGAGAGAAGAAGGGGCGCACGUGUGCGGAGUGCAGCUUCAAAGUCAAGAUGGUGGAUGAGCUGAAGAAUGCGGAGGAGGUGGUGGAGUACUGCUCCUUCCGGGACGAGGACGACGACUGCAGUUACAGCUACACCGUGGAGGGCGACGGCGCCCCCGGGCCCAACAGCACCGUCCUGGUGCACAGGCAGAAGGACUGCCCUCCCGGCUCCUUCUGGUGGCUCAUCCCCCUGCUCAUCUUCCUCUUGCUGCUGCUGGCACUGCUGCUGCUGCUCUGCUGGAAAUACUGUGCCUGCUGCAAGGCCUGCCUGGGACUUCUCCCUUGCUGCAACCGAGGUCACAUGGUGGGCUUCAAGGAAGACCACUACAUGCUGCGGGAGAACCUGAUGGCCUCAGACCACCUGGACACACCCAUGCUGCGGAGUGGGAACCUCAAGGGGCGUGACAUGGUCCGCUGGAAGGUCACCAACAACGUGCAGCGGCCUGGCUUUGCCACCCAUGCCGCCAGCACCAACCCCACGGAGCUGGUGCCCUACGGGCUGUCGCUGCGCCUUGCCCGCCUCUGCACCGAGAACCUGCUGAAGCCUGACACGCGAGAGUGUGACCAGCUCCGCCAGGAGGUGGAGGAGAACCUGAAUGAGGUGUACAGACAGGUCGCAGGCGCCCACAAGCUCCAGCACACGAAAUUCCGGCAGCAGCCCAACGCUGGGAAAAAGCAGGACCACACCAUCGUGGACACGGUGCUCAUGGCACCGCGCUCGGCCAAGCAGUCCCUGCUGAAGCUGACGGAGAAGCACGUGGCACAGGGGGCUUUCCACGAGCUCAAGGUGGCCCCCGGCUACUACACCCUCACUGCAGACCAGGACGCCCGGGGCAUGGUGGAGUUCCAGGAGGGCGUGGAGCUGGUGGACGUGCGGGUGCCCCUCUUUGUCCGGCCCGAGGAUGAUGACGAGAAGCAGCUGCUGGUGGAAGCCAUCGAUGUGCCCAUGGGCACAGCCACCCUGGGCCGCCGCCUGGUAAACAUCACCAUCAUCAAGGAGCAAGCCAGCGGGAUAGUGUCCUUUGAGCAGCCAGAGUACUUGGUCAGCGGCGGGGAGCAAGUGGCCCGCGUUCCCGUCGUCCGGCGCAUCCUGGACAGCGGCAAGUCUCAGGUCUCGUACCGCACACAGGACGUCACCGCAAAGGGCCACCGGGACUACGUCCCCUCAGAGGGCGAGCUGCUGUUCCAGCCUGGGGAGACCUGGAAGGAGAUACAGGUGAAGCUCCUGGAGCUGCAGGAGAUGGACUCCCUCCUGAGGGGCCGCCAGACCCGCCGCUUCCACAUCCAGCUCAGCAACCCCAAGUUUGGGGCCCGCCUGGGCCAGCCCCACUCAGCCACUGUCAUCAUCGGGGACCAAGACGACCUGGACAGGAACUUCAAGAGCCAGACCUUGUCAUCACUCUCAUCCCCUCGUGGUGACCUGGGCGCCCCACAGAACCCCAAUGCCAAGGCUGCUGGGUCCCGGAAGAUCCACUUCAACUGGCUGCCCCCUCCUGGCAAACCAGCAGGUUACAGGGUGAAGUACUGGAUCCAGGGUGACUCUGAGUCUGAAGCCCACCUGCUCGACAGCAAGGUGCCCUCAGUGGAGCUCACCAACCUGUACCCGUAUUGCGACUACGAGAUGAAGGUGUGCGCCUACGGGGCGCAGGGCGAGGGUCCCUACAGCUCCCUGGUGUCCUGCCGCACCCACCAGGAAGUACCCAGUGAGCCGGGGCGUCUGGCUUUCAACGUCGUCUCCUCCACCGUGACCCAACUGAGCUGGGCUGAGCCAGCCGAAACCAAUGGCGAGAUCACGGCCUAUGAGGUCUGCUACGGCCUGGUCAACGAGGACAACCGACCCAUCGGGCCCAUGAAGAAGGUGCUGGUGGACGGCCCCAAGAGGCGGAUGCUCCUCAUCGAGAACCUGCGGGAGUCCCAGCCGUACCGCUACACAGUGAAGGCACGAAACGGGGCGGGCUGGGGACCCGAGCGAGAGGCCAUCAUCAACCUGGCCACCCAGCCCAAGCGGCCCAUGUCCAUCCCCAUCAUCCCGGACAUCCCCAUUGUGGACGCCCAGAGUGGGGGAGACUAUGAAAGCUUCCUCAUGUACAGCGAUGACGUUCUACGCUCCCCGGCUGGCAGCCAGAGGCCCAGCGUCUCCGAUGACACAGAGCACUUGGUAAAUGGGCGGAUGGACUUUGCCUUCCCGGGCAGCGCCAACUCCCUGCACAGGAUGACCACGGCCAACGCAGCGACCUACGGCACCCACCUGAGCCCGCACCUGCCCCACCGAGUGCUGAGCACGUCCUCCACCCUCACGCGGGACUACCACUCGCUGACCCGCACGGAACACUCCGGCACGCUGCCCAGGGACUACUCCACCCUCACCUCCCUCUCCUCCCACAGCCUCCCUCCCAUCUGGGAAGCCGGGAGGAGCAGGCUUCCGCUGUCCUGGGCCCUGGGGUCCUGGAGUCGGGCUCGGAUGAAGGGGUUCCCCCCCUCCAGGGACUCACGAGACUCUAUAAUACUGGCUGGGCGGCCAACGGCACCCUCUUGGGGCCCAGGCUCCCGCUUGGCUGCAGGUGUACCCAACACACCCACCCGCCUGGUGUUCUCCGCCCUGGGGCCCACAUCUCUGAAAGUGAGCUGGCAGGAGCCGCAGUGUGAGCAGGCACUGCAGGGCUACAGCGUGGAGUACCAGCUGCUGAAUGGCGGAGAGCUGCAUCGGCUCAACAUCCCCAACCCCAGUCAGACUUCAGUGGUGGUGGGCGACCUUCUGCCCAACCAUUCCUACGUGUUCCGUGUGCGGGCCCAGAGCCAGGAAGGCUGGGGCCCAGAGCGAGAGGGUGUCAUCACCAUUGAAUCACAGGUGCACCCCCAGAGCCCACUCUGCCCCCUGCCAGGCUCCGCCUUCACUUUGAGCACGCCCAGUGCCCCAGGCCCACUGGUGUUCACCGCCCUGAGCCCAGACUCGCUGCAGCUGAGCUGGGAGCGGCCACGCAGGCCUGAUGGGGAUAUCCUGGGCUACCUGGUGACCUGUGAGAUGGCCCAUGGAGGAGAGCCAGCUACCACGUUCCUGGUGGAUGGUGACAACCCUGAGAGCCGACUGACAGUGCCAGGCCUCAGUGAGAACGUGCCCUACAAGUUCAAGGUGCAGGCCAAGACCACCCAAGGCUUUGGUCCAGAGCGUGAGGGGAUCAUCACCAUCGAGUCCCAGGAUGGAGGCCCCUUCCCACAGCUGGGUAGCCACCCCGGGCUCUUCCAGCAGCCACUGCCAGGCAGUGAGUACAGCAGCAUCACCACCACCCACACCACUGAGCCCUUCCUGCUGGAUGGACUCACUUUGGGGUCCCAGAGCCUGGAAGCAGGUGGCUCCCUUACUCGUCAUGUGACCCAGGAGUUUGUGAGCCGGACACUGACUACCAGUGGGACCCUCAGCACCCAGGUGGAUCAGCAGUUCUUCCAGACCUGAGUCCCCCACCCCUACCCGACUGUUCUGGAACCUGGGUCCCCACCCUGCCUACUCUCCCUGGCGCUGCCUCAGCUACACCACCCUUGGACCCCUGGUGGCCCCACCCACCCACCCACAAGCUGAUCUCGGGGCCAGCGCCUCUGGCUACAGGGCAGGGGGGAGGGGUCCUCUGGGAAGCAUGAAGGGGGCAGAGGUCCCAGAAGGCCCUUCUAGCUGCCCCCCAUCCCAUCCAAGCCUAUUUGUAACCAAAGAGCUGGGACCAGCAUGACAAGGACCCA